UUAUACACAUGCGCAAUGUGUCGCAAACGCUCAUUAGUUGGCGCCAGCGCCAACUGGAAGCCAGUUCAAUUUGGACUCGGAACCGAGGAGACAGAAGCAGCAACAACCAUGUCUAGACGAAGUGGUCGCCUGCAGAGAAGAUCUGAAAAUGUUCCACAGCAGAUAAGCAAAGUAAUUAAGCAGAGCAACAGAAAAAAGACUCAGCCCCUGUCAAAGCUGCACUGCGAGAAGAACCAUCUGGUACUUGAAGGCAUCUCUAAACCUUGUGAUGCAGUUGUGACUUCACCUCUGCCUCAUCUUGGAUGGGGAUCUUCUGAAGACGUGUGGGUGAAGAUGGUCGUCAGGGAGCAGAAUUACAAACACAGCAAGAACUUCAUGCUGAAACAUCCGGCGAUACAACCCAGAAUGAGAUCGAUCCUCCUCGACUGGUUAAUUGAGGUGAGUGAGGCCUACACUCUUCACCGGCAGACGUUCUAUCUGGCUCAGGACUACUUUGACCGGUUCAUGCUGACGCAGAACAACGUGGAAAAAAACAUGCUGCAGCUCAUUGGGAUCACCUGUCUCUUUAUAGCAUCAAAGAUGGAGGAAACGUGUCCUCCGAAGCUGUCGGAGAUGGCCUAUAUCACCGCAGGGACCUACUAUGAAGAGGAGAUCCUUCAAAUGGAGUUAAUAAUUUUAAAGGCGUUGCGUUGGAACCUUUGUCCUGAAACGGCCGUCUCUUGGCUGAAGCUUUACUUCCAGGUGGCAUCGAUGAACCAUGACUCUGACCUGCUGGAGCCGCAGUUUCCACAGGACGCUUACAUUCAAAUGACGCGUCUUUUAGACCUGUGUAUCCUCAACAUAAACUCGCUGGACUUUGAGUAUCGAGUGUUGGCUGCCUCGGUUCUGAGCCAUUUUAUUCAACAGGAAACUGCUGAGAAAGUUUCCGGUCUCUCAAAAGACGCCAUCCAGCUGUGUGUUAACUGGAUGGCCCCCUUCGUGGAGUCAGUCGGCUGGUUUGGCAGGGCGACACUGAGGGAUUUCAUCAAAAUAAAGAAAGAAGACAGACACAACAUCCAGACGCACACAGACUACAUGGCCAUGCUGGAUGAUGUCAGUCUAAAGGAGGUGAAGAAUCAGCUCCUCACUCCUCCCAACAGCUCAGAGAAAACACUGAACAGCAAGAGGACGACUCUGCAGUGAACAGAUAGGAGACGGGGUGAACGUCCAAGGAAGACUGAGUUUACUAGAAACUGCUCCAAGCCAGUGAACCAGACAACUGUUAACUGGAAUACGUCUGACGGGAGCUUAUUUCACACAUGCUGCUGUGAAAUUGUCACUGAAUGCAUUAUCAAAGACAAUAUUUAUGAGACUUUUAAACCUUGGCCAAAGCUUUUUGCUUGAUUUUUAACAACUGGGUGCUUUAAUUCAUAAAAGUUUUUAAAAUUGUCAAGGGUCAUUUCUAGGAAAUGGCUUUCUAUGAAUGAAAUUGAUGUGCAAUUGUUUACUUUUGUAGCAUAUUAAAUAUGUUCAUAGUCAACGAAACAAUUCAGGGUCAGUGGAAAUUUUAGUGUUUUAAAAUAGAUGCUUGAAACCAGCCGAGUUUACUGCCGCUACUUCACCUGUAACUAAGUGUAUAAGAGAACUUGGACACACUGAUGUUCAGUACCAGUAUGCACGUUUUCAUGAACUCUAAUGAAAGCCGUGUGGCAAAACACUGUCUGAAUAAAUGGCAAGCUCUUCUGUUUCUCAGCUAUCUUUACCUUCUGUUGUAAACAAGCCAUUGUUUGUGUAACUCAGGGUUAUGUUUGAUAGUCAAUGAUGUAUUUUUAUAAAGAAUUCAUUUCAAAUGAUUACAAGUGUACAAAAAAUGAGCAACUGUAUUUAUUUAGAUUAUUUUCUACCACAAAAUAAAAAAUAUACAUUCCCAACCCCCCAAAAA